CUAUAUAUAUAUAUCUUCUACCGCCACCGCCAGUAAGCUACGCCCGAAAACGGGAGCCUGUCUGAUUUAGGUGCAGAGCGAUCGUCGCAUAUAUGGCCGCCCCGGAGAAGAAGCCAUGCCACGUGGUGUUGGUGCCAUUCCCGGCGCACGGCCACGUGGCGCCUCACAUGCAGCUCGCCCGCCUCCUCCACGCCCGUGGCAUCCACGUCACGCUCGUCCACACGGAGCUACACUACCGCCGCCUCGUCCAAGCCAACAACGGCACCGUUGCAACGACAGUCAAUAUUCCAGGUUUCGGCGUCGAGGUCAUCCCCGACGGACUGUCGCUAGAGGCACCACCGCAAACGCUUGCAGCGCACCUCGAAGCGCUGGAGCAGAACUGCUUCGAGCCGUUCAGGGAGCUUUUGCGUGCGUUGGAGGAUCCCGACGACGUGCCACGGUUGAGCUGCGUCAUCGCGGACGCGCCCAUGUCGUUCGCUUCCCUGGCUGCGCGCGACGUUGGCGUGCCCGACGUGCAGUUCUUCACGGCGUCGGCGUGUGGGCUGAUGGGGCACUUGCAGUUCGAGGAGCUCAUAAAGAGGGGACUAGUUCCGCUCAAAGGAAGCAGCUACAAAACCGAUGGCACCUUUGACGCCACACUAGACUGGGUGCCCGGGAUGAAGGGCAUGCGGCUCAAGGACAUGCCGACUUUCUGCCACACUACGGACGCUGACAACGCGCUGCUCCGGAUCCACGUCCGGCAGAUGCACGUCGUGGCCACCUCCAAGGCCAUCAUCCUCAACACCUUCCACGACUAUGAGAAGGACGUCGUCGACGCGCUCGCGGCUUUACUCCCGCGCAUCUACACCGUCGGCCCUCUCUCCAGUAUCAUGGCGGCGUCGCUCACAGCGGCCCCAACGAGCAACGGCGGUGACUUCUCUGGCUUGACCGACACGGCCCCUACUAGCCUCUUGCAGGAGGACACGGGAUGCAUCAAGUGGCUGGACGGCAAAGAGGCUCGCUCCGUCGUGUACGUGAGCUACGGCAGCCAUGCCGCGAUGAGCUCCGAGAAAAUUAAGGAGUUCGCGUCCGGCUUGGAGAGCUGCGGCUAUCCUUACCUAUGGGUUCUACGGCCGGACAUGGCCGCGGACGUUGAGGUUGGCAAAAACGGGCUGGUCGUGCCUUGGUGCGCCCAGGAGGCCGUCCUAGCGCACCCAGCGGUAGGGCUUUUCGUGACGCACUGUGGGUGGAACUCGAUCCUGGAGACCGUGAUGGCCGGCGUGCCAGUGCUUGGGUGGCCCAUGAUGUCUGAGCAGACGACCAACUGCCGGCAAGUGAGCAUGUCGUGGAAGAUCGGAACCGAGCUGCCGCAGGAGGCACGGGGCCAUGAAAUCGCGGCACUGGUGAGAGAGAUGAUGGUAGGGAAGAAGGGGCUGGAGGCGAGGGAGACGACCCUCAAGUGGAAGAGACUUGCUGAAGAUGCUACAAAAGAAGGUGGAUCAUCCUAUGGUAACCUUGGUAGUUUCGUGGAGGAUGUCCUGCAUGAGGGAUUCUGAUCUUUUGCGUUCGUUUUAUCAAUUUUUUCGUACCUUAUAAAUUAUAUCAAUUGGUAAUUAAACACAAUGAAUAUUUGUUGGUACUACAAAACUCUCAUUUCAGCAAUGUAAAAGAAGUCGCAGACCGUUCUUCAUUCCAUCCGUAGAAAAUUGUUGGUGGCCUAAUGAACGCCACGGGCAGAGAGAAGCCCCGUUGGUGAGCUAUCAAUGUAACCCAUGGGUGUUGUGUGGAGAAACCGUUUGUGACAUAUAUAGCCAUGUCAUGGACAUUUGUAGCUAAAA